AGUGCUGCAGGUUUGUUGACUGGAGAUAAGCGAGGCAGCAGCCACAUCACUACCCCGCCAGUGACCCCUGGACCGGGUUAAAGUCUGUCCUCCGGGAGCUUCACCGCGCUGCUGAGGCUGGUGACAUCAGACCAGCCCCCCUCCACCUGCAGGUCCUGGGCCGGUGUCGGCGGUGUUGGUGGUAGGAGGAGCCGUGGCGUCACCAUGGCGAUGAGCUCAGACUAGCGGUCCGGGCCGGGCGGCCCCCCCCAGCCCCCCCAGCCCGCAUGGCGUUACCGCUGCCCUUCCUCUGCCGGGGGAUUCGAACCCUCGGCCUCGUCUUCCUCUACUACGUCUUCUCCAUCGGAAUCACCUUCUACAACAAGUGGCUGAUGAAGGGCUUCCACUUCCCCCUCUUCAUGACGCUGGUCCACUUGGCCGUCAACUUCCUGCUGUCGGCUCUGACCCGGGUCCUGAUGCAGCGCUGGAGCGGGAAACCCCGUGUGGUUCUGAGCUGGAACGACUACCUGAGGAAGGUGGCGCCCACAGCUCUGGCCACGGCGCUGGACAUCGGACUGUCCAACUGGAGCUUCCUGUUCAUCACCAUCAGCCUGUACACCAUGACCAAGUCCUCGGCCGUUCUCUUCAUCCUGCUCUUCUCCCUCCUGUUCAAGCUGGAGGAGCCGAACCCGUUCCUGAUCCUGGUGGUUCUGCUGAUCUCGGGCGGGCUCUUCAUGUUCACCUACAGGGCGACCCAGUUCAACCUGCAGGGCUUCCUCAUGGUUCUGCUGGCCUCCUUCCUGGGGGGGAUCCGCUGGACGCUCACGCAGGUUCUGAUGCAGAAGGCCGACCUGGGCCUGCAGAACCCGGUGGACGCCAUGUUCCACCUGCAGCCGCUCAUGUUCCUGGCGCUGCUGCCGCUCUUCCUCUACAACGAAGCUCUGAGCCUCAGCUCGUCGGAGAAGCUGUUCCGGGUCACGUCCCUCCCCCCCCUGCUCUACUCUCUCUUCACGCUGGGCGUGGGCGGCUCGCUGGCCUUCGGUCUGGGCUACUCCGAGUUCCUGCUGGUGUCCCGGACCUCCAGCCUCACGCUGUCCAUCUCCGGGAUCUUCAAGGAGAUCUGCACGUUGCUCCUGGCUGCUCAUCUGAUGGGAGACAGGAUGAGUCCGAUCAAGUGGCUCGGCUUCGGUGUGUGUUUGUGUGGAAUCUCCCUCCACGUCGGGAUCAAGACCUACUACUCCAGAAGUAAAGUUCCCUCCGUGAAGCCGCUCAGCGGCCGGAGCUCGGAGCUGGAGCUGCCGCUGCUGCGACCGGACGGAGACCGGUGUGAGGAUUCAGCUGCAGAGGAGGAGGAGGAGACGGAAAUCACCCUCCACUGACGUCCCGGGGUCACGCCGUCAGGGGGAGGAACCUGCCGGUGGGGUGGGAACCCGCCGGCCGGCUCCUCGGCGGACUAAUCGUGAUGUUUUUGUUUUCUGGAGCUGUAAAUGUAGCAACACUUGAGCGUUUGUACAGGAAGCGCUGAGCGCUUUAAAGGGAUCCUGGAACCGAACGAUAGCGAUGCUAACGUUCCUCUGCUAACCCGCCGGGGAACUGCAGGAACUGCAGGAACUGCAGGAACUGCAGGAACCGCAGGAACCGCAGGAACCGCAGGAACCGCAGGAACCGCAGGAACCGCAGGAACCGCAGGAACCGCAGGAACCGCAGGAACUGCAGGAACUGCAGGAACUGCAGGAACUGCAGGAACUGCAGGAACUGCAGGAACUGGUUCCUGAGCGACUGUAGCAGGACGGAGGAGGGAACACUGCUGCUUUGUCCCAGACGUCUGAAAGGAAUCUUUCUUCCUGCUUCAGCGUCGCUAACUAGUCUGGACCUUUUAAGAUCUGGAUCGCAGUUCCAACCACAAAACAACCGUUUAUAAGGGGGAUGGGGGGGGGGUCGUCAUGGGAACGAAGGGCAGGUUUGUGACUGACAGGUAGCAGACAUCCUUCAGACGGAGGUCAGAGGUCACGCCUGCACCUUCACAUCCCCCUCGUCAUCUCCAUCCUCCACCGGAACCACGGAUGUUUUGUUGCUAUAACUCACAAUCAGAGCAGAAUCUCCAAAGAAAUCAGAAAAAUUGUCUUUUUUUUCUUUAUUUUGUAGCGCCGACGACGGCAAAGAAAUUUAGUUUGAACGUUGCGGGUGUUUCUCUUUUAAAUAACUGCAAUUUGAGACCAACGUUCAGGGCAUUUUCAGUCUGAAUCAGAUGGAAUGUUGCGCUUCUGAUCACCGUAGCAACCAGUGGAUGCCAGUUAGUGUUGGUAACCAUGGAAACCAGUAACUGCCAGUUAGCAAUAAUAAAACAUUUUAUGUAUAAUGCACUUUAAAUUACUGAAAAUCUCAAAGUGCUAUAGUUUGAUAAUUAAAAGGAAACAGAAAUAAUAAAUCAAGAUAAGAGAUAAAAGGGAUAAAAAGUCAAGACAUGGCAGAAAAGAGAAUAAAACAAUUAAAAACAGCAACUAGGGAAAGAAAUAACAGCAUUGUUUAGUGAUAAAAUGCUUUGCUAAAAAGAGGUUUUUAGUUCUCCUUCAGUUACAGUCAGAAUUAGUGCUCCGUCACUGGAACUCGUCACCAUGGAAACCAGUUACUGUCAGUCGUCUUGUUACCAUGGAAACCAGUAACUGCCAGUUAGUAAUAAUAAUAAUAAUAAUAAUAAUAAUACAUUUUAUUUAUAAUGCACUUUAAAUGACUGAAAAUCUCAACGUGCUACAGUUUGAUAAUUAAAAGGAAACAGAAAUAAUAAAAUCAAGAUGAGAAAUAAAAGGGAUAAAAAGUCAAGACAUGGCAGAAAAGAGAAUAAACCAAUUAAAAAAAACAGAAACUAGGAAAAAACAGCAUUGUUUAGUGAUAAAAUGCUUUGCUAAGCUUUGCUUUAGAGUCAGAAUUAGUGCACCUUCACUGGAACUCGUCACCAUGGAAACCCCUGUCUGUCAGUCAUGACUGACAGCUGAUCAGCAGCGUAUCUGUCUCAUCCUCUAUUUGACUGAUUUAUCUCUGAACUUGGCGGGUUGGAGGGACCAGGGAGGGCGACGCCCCGCUGCUCCGUCAGGCUCUGACUGAAGAUGAUCUGAUUAGUUUCACGUUAACGGAGUUCUGAGUUCUGAGUGCAUCAUUACAGGGUCCAGAUUCACAGUUUACGCCCGGGUCCCGGGUCCUGAGUCCAGGGUCACUUCUGACCACAGUGAAAUCCUUCAGACAUUCCUGCAGCGACGGUCGAUUCAGCCUGAAAACCGUUGAUGGUUUAGUGUCUUUUGAGUCUCAUUUCCAGAGAUGUUGAACCUCUUGUGCCUUGUUAGAGUCUGGGACCGGAGGAGGUUUACUGAAGUUUAAAGCCAUUUCUAAAAUAGUUUUAAAUCAUGAUUGUGGGAAUAAUUUAAAGGGGACAUGUAAUUUUUUUUUUUUUUCUUCUUGUAUUUAUGAGUAAGUGACAUAUCGCAACCUUUGCUUCACCAGAGUCUCGAUGUUGAUCAGGUUGGUUAGUUUAAAUGUGCAGGAAACAUCACUAGCAUCAUUAACACACCUGCGUGUUCUGAACCUCCCAGACGUGAGACGUAGGCCCACUCCCAAACUCCACCCUAAAACCUCAAGCCCUGAGCCCUCACAGACUUUCAGUGACGUCAGCGUCACGUGAUCAAGUGUGCGAGGGUGUGAGGGCUCCAAAUGGUAUAAAUAGGAAUGGGACACACUUAGCAGAAACUGGAAACAAGUCAGAUAAAAACGUCUGUUUUUUUGUUUUCUUCCCUCCGAUUGAAUGAAUGAAUGAGUGAAUGAAAAACUUUAUUUCGAACAUGCUCAAAAAAAAAGAAAAGAGAAAUAUAUAUAUAUAUAUAUAUAUAUAUAUAUAUAUAUAUAUAUAUAUAUUUAAACCAAAGAACAAUAGUUAAAUAAUAUGUUUGUUGGUCGCUCCUUGUUUGUAAAGGAAAUAAUAGGGCCGUUGAAAAAUCAUCACGGGACAGUAGUUUCUGAAUUUAAAUCACCAGUGGGAUAUGUAUUUAUAUUUACAGGUGAACUUUCUUCUCGCAGUCACACAUGGUUCCUUUUCCUCCGCCCCCUGUUUUGUUUACAUUCUCCCUGGUAACCUCCUGUCAUGUCACAACGCAAUGAACUGUGGGUAAUUCCCUUUCCCAGAGUGUGCUGGGAUGCUGACUUGCGGGAAGGGGGCAGUAAGGGCUGAAAAUGGCUGCCGGGAGCCCUCGCGCACUUGACCACUUGAGGAAUGGGACAGCCCUAAGUCCUUACGCAAGGUGCGGGAGCGCGCACGUAAGUCUACGAGUCUGCAAGGGUGGAGAUUGGGAUUGGCCCGUCGCUCCAGGUGGGACGUAGCUCCGCCUCAGGUGAGACGUAGCUCCGCCCCCAGGUGAGACGUAGCUCCGCCCCCUGGUGAGACGUAGCUCCGCCCCCAGGUGGGACGUAGCUCCGCCCCCAGGUGAGACGUAGCUCCGCCCCCAGGUGAGACGUAGCUCCGCCCCCAGGAACAGCUGCUUUGAUUGACAGGUGUGGGAGCCUGCAGGGCCUGGUCUUGUUCUGUAUCAGAUACAGAUACAGAUAAAGUACAGUCUGUAUCUGGGAUGUUGUCACCAAAACCAUCAUUUUCCAUUAGAACUCAGGAAAUAUCAACUUUUUGAAUGAAUAAAGUGUCCCCUUUAAAAAAAGAGAAAAAUAAGAAGUGACUGACAGAAACCUUUGUCCUAAUUUUUUAAUAAAUUAAUUCCACUCA